CAUCUUCAUAUGAAUGGCACUCCGAGGGUACAUUUUUAUGAGAUUUCACGGAUUCACGUUUGUUGAACCGUUUGGAACCAAUAACCUUUCCCGACCAUGAGCUCUACAUCACAAUCUCCUUCACUUCGAGAGGUCCUUCCAUUCGUUGCUCUUCCGUUUCUUGUUAUUCUUGCCUUUGCCUGCCCGCCAUUCCGUGGUCGUGGUCCAUUAUUCGCAGGCCUCAUUGCAUUCACAGAUUACGCCACCGUUGUCUCCCCUUGGCCGUCAAAUGUCGGCUCCACACGUCCCAUGCGGUAUGGCAUGGCGGGGUCGUGGAUCUUCGUCCUCCCCGCAAUAGAAAGACUGCUUUUACAUGAGCCCGAGCGCGACUUCUGGCGUCUUGACGAGGAGAAAGGGGCGGGGAAAGGACGCCCUCGCGAGUGGAGCUGGCAUAAAGUUGCCUGGGCCUUGGCUUUAGUGACCACACCACGGGCCGUGGGUUGGAACUUCGGAAGCCGCAAGUUGAACGCGACGCGCCAGACGAUAAGACUGAAGAGAGUCAGGAGGACCCCGUUCGUGGCAACUAAGUUGGUACGGGCAGCAUUAGCCUAUCUCGCGUUGGAUGCUGUCAUUAUAAUGGGGAGAAACACCGAUAUCGCUCGAGAUUGGGCUUGGGAUUGGACCACGCCCGUGAAGCCGUCGUUUCACGUGCUGUUAAUGGGUAUGUCUGUGUACACAAGCAUGACACUGCAGUUCGAAAUUGCGGCGGGUAUUAGCGUCGGAUUGGGUAUUAACCAGCCAGAGGACUGGCCUCCAUUAUUCGGAAGCAUUGUGGAUGGAUUCGCUAUUGCGAAUGUCUGGGGAAAGGUAUGGCAUUGCUAUAUUCGUCAACCAGCUCUAGGCUUCAGCCAUGCCAUCACUGAUCUUUUCGGGAUCCGUCAAGGAUCUACUGUGGUAUAUUUCCUCCACCUCUCUACUGCGUUUCUCAUUAGCUCCUUUUUUCACAUCUUGGGUCUCUUCGUUGUUUCUCAUGGAUACGUGUCCACACGAAGUCUCAUCUUGGACAUGGGUUUGUUCUUCAUGGCCCAGCCGCCUGCUACUCUGGUGGAGGCGCUCAUUAUCCGUCGCUGUCAAGCAUAUGCUUCAAACAUGGCCCCUUCGAAUAGAGUACGAGAAUCGCUUGGAUUUGCAUCUGUCCGACCUAGUCAGCCAGUAUUGCAAGUUCUCGGUUAUACCUUGGGGUACGUUUGGGUCAUUUCCUGGUUUACUAUUACUGGGUGGUGGUUCGUCAAGGACUACAUUGCGAUCGGGGUAUUGGAGUGGUCAGUGCCAUUUUCAUUCUGCGAACUCUUUGGGCUUGAUGUUCUCAUACAAAGCAAAUUUUCAUAGCCAAAAACCACACCCAUGUAACGUUGUUGAAAUACUCGAGGUCGUCUCAAGAGGAGAAAAAAGUGGUGACCCUACCCUAGACAAGUCGACAAUUGGCAAAGAGUUUAGCUACCAGUCUAUUCGAUGGAUUGUGUUAAAUCUUGUUCCAUUUUCGUACAGACUGUUCCUUAUCCACGAUUAUGAUAGUCCCUCUUGUUCAUCUCUAAUUG